AAAAAGUUAAUUUUAAGGUCACAAGCGGUCGUAUAAGCAAUUCACUGCAUACUGUGUUAUAACCAGAUGACCACAAACUUUUGACCAUGGAGAGUAGAUUUAUUUAUUUAUUUAUUUAUUUAUUUUUGAGAGACAGAGAGAGAUUGGUCUGAUAUUUGUUUCAAGAGUUGCCCUUUUUUACAUUAGGAAAUUUUACAACCUAGAACAGUUCACUGUGUUUAUUGCAAUAAAAAGAAAAUUUUAUGUGUCAUUUAUCUUACUUAUUUAUAUAUUUAGAAAUUUCAGGUAUUCCCAACAAAUUUAUGCUAAAACUUUACUCUUUGUUUAAUGAUUAGGCAUAAAUAUUGAGUAACAAAAAAAAGUUCCAGAUCAAAGGGUAACUCCAACUCGAUUAUAAAAAGCAAACAUAAUGAGUGUGGAAAUCACAAGCAACUUCAGAUUUAAGAGUUACAGAUAUACAGUUACUGCUGCACAAUGUUGCAUAAAAUUUUUUUAAUGAUAUGUCUUCUUGUACACCACCAUCAGUUUUUCAGUGUGGGAGAUAUUGUCACUCCCAAGCCAAUACUUAUAAAUAACACCUACAUAAACCCAGAGCUUGGUAAGUAUCAUGCAAGGCUGAGAUCAAUUAGUCGAAGCUGCAGGGACAUCAAGGAGAAAUUUGGAGCUACAAAUGAUGGCAUCUAUUACCUAACAACAUCAAACGGUGUGAUGUACCAAACCUUCUGUGAUAUGACCACGGCUGGGGGUGGCUGGACAUUGGUGGCCAGUGUGCAUGAGAACAAUAUCAAUGGACAUUGCACUUCCGGUGACCGCUGGUCAAGCGAGCAAGGUAGUGAUCCCAAACGGCCUGAUGGGGAAAGAAACUGGAUAAACACUGCCACAUUUGGCACUGCAGAGGGGGCUACCAGUGAUGACUACAAGAAUCAUGGGUACUAUGACAUUCCUGCAGAAGAUGUGUCAGUGUGGCAUGUUCCUAAUGAUGCUCAGCUUCAAACCUGGGCUAGCACUGCAAUCCUGCGUUAUCACACUGAAACCAAUUUCCUCAACCAACACGGUGGAAGUCUCUACCAUUUAUUUAAGAAAUAUCCAGUAAGGUUUGGAGCAGGAGAUUGUAAAGGUGAUAGUGGACCUUCUGUUCCUGUGGAAUACGAUAAAGGUGACAAGGGUAUAACAACAAACCUAUAUGGAGCAACUGUUAAAGAUCAGUUUGAGCCUGGUUUUGUCACCUUCAGAGUAUUUAAUGAGAAGAAAGCAGUAAUGGCUCUCUGCUCUGGGAUCAAACCAACAGGAUGCAAUACAGAACAUUAUUGCAUUGGUGGAGUAGGACACGCUGAUCAGUGUGGGGACUUCAAUGACCUUCAUGCAGUUCCUGAAGGGAGCUCAUCCAAGGAAAUGACAGAGGGGGCAGUUCUGAUCUUCUAUCGCUGAGAGCCUUUGUAAUACUUUAUAGUGCUUUUAAAAUGUUAUUUGUUUAAAUUGCAAAAUGUGUAUAUUGAUUAGCA